GAAAAACGGCAUGCAAUACGGAGAUGAUCUAGCAGACUUCCAUUAAAAUUAGGCCGACAUCAACUUGUCUAGGCUCCGGACUUAUAAACUUGAAAAUUUCAAAAUGACUGAUUUCCCUCAACCUCCACCUUACGAGAAGAUUCAACGGCACCCUCAUACUCAGCCAAGUGCUCCGCCGCGGCCACCUUCAACUAAAGCUCCACGACGCCCACCGUCAACGAAUGCACCAAGAUUUCCACCUCACAAUCCUCCUUAUCCACAAGCACCUUACCCUUAUAUUGUACCAUAUCAAGAUGGAUACCAUCCAUAUCCAGCUUAUUACCCACAACCAAUGUAUAUGCUCCAGCCACCAACAUCACAGCAACAGCAGUCGCAACAGACAAAUGUCAGUGUGACCUAUGGUCAACCAAGUACUCAAGUUGUUGUUGUGAAAGAACAAAUCAAUCACCUGCUCCAUUGUAUCAUCACCUUGUUCUUCCUACCUUGGAUCAUCAUUUGGAUCUGUGUGUGUAUUUGUGACAACUAAAGCUGGCUCUGGAGGAAACAAUUCAGUUUACGACUGUCACACAAGAUUUUGUACCAAUAUGUCAAUUGGCUGACUUAGUUCUAGAUACUAAUAUUUAUUAACAUUUUAUUUAAGGAAAUUAUUUGGUAAAGGGACAAAAUUCUUAUCUAAUUCUAUUGUAUACUACAUAGGUCUAGAAAAGAUUAGUGAACUGUCAUUGAUAUAAAUAUCAUAUAUAUUAUAUAUAUACAUAUACACACACACACAUAGGCGUAGCCAGG